UUCAUUUGUUUUAAAAGAGAAUAAUGGCGACUACUUCUGAUAAAGGAGUUUUGACCCGGAAACUGGGUGCUUCCGAUUAUAAUCCAACUAGAUAUGUGGCAGAAAUAUCUCAGAGAUGCGUUGGUGGUGAGGAGAUCCUAGCGCAGCGGAAGAUGAUACAAGAUCUAUCUGAUGAUACAAAUACUCUUCUCAAACAUAAUGUUUAUAAAAACUAUUCUCAGUUUAUCGAGACAGCAAAAGAGAUUUCUCAUCUUGAGAGUGAUAUGUACAGGCUAUCCUCAAUGAUAACUGAACAAAGAAGAUUUUUGACGGGACUGCUCGAAACAAGUAUACUUGGAGAUACUGUACCCCUCACACAUACUCUAGAUAUAGAACUAGAUGUACAGCAGGAAGAAGAAAUGAAGCCAAACAACAGGCAGGAGUUGGGUCGCAGGAAUCUAAUAGAUCUGAUGGAGAAGGUGGAGGGAGGCAGGGAUAUUAUUGAUGUACCCUCCAGGUUUCUUCUGUACGACGGUGACUUAAUAGAGAUGGAUACAGGAGAGCACUCCGCUAUACACAGAGUACAUAUUUACCUAACUAAUGAUAGUAUCAUCAUUGCAACUUGGCUUAGGGAAAAACGUGGACCCGUCAGAUUCAAGCUCUCAAGCCAGUACUCCUUAAACUCCUUUGCAAUGGUGAAUGUGCGUGACCUAGCUGGAGUUACAAAUGCCUGGAAGCUGUUGGUCAGCCCAGAACCUAGGCUCUUCCAGUGCAAAGACGCAUUAUCGAAAAAGGAAUGGUUGGCUGCAUAUGAAGAAGCAAAGGAGUGGCAGAGAACUGGGGGUUUAGAGCCAGCGACUAGGAAACCAGUAAAACAAAACAAAAAACCAGAAAAACAAGCUGAUAACCCUUUCAGUGAACCUGAGGUUGAGAUAGAGGUUGAUGUAAAGGAAGAAGACCCCCCUGAGCUCCCUGAAUGGCUGAUAGAACUGCCAGAUACUCUAGAUGUUCACAUUGCACAGCGCGAGUUUGAGUCAGCUGUAGAAAUUAUCCAGGAGGCUGAAGAGGAUCUAGAGAGGAGGGAGGAGUGCCAGCUGAUCAAGGAGCUCAAGGAGAUCAACCAGGCGAGGAAGGAUACUCUCAUACAGGUUUUGCGAGGAGAACUGAAUUUGACUCCAGACAAAUCCAUGCAGGGAGGACCUAGGACUGCUAGGAGAGCAGUCAAUCUUUUAUCAGGUUUACAUAGACAAGCUGAGGCAAGAGAUUUAUUUCUAACACAUAGGACUACUCUCCUCAGGCAUAAUGUGAAGAGUUGCAGGGGAGAAGGAAAUACGCAUCAAUAUCUAACAAGGAUAGGAAAUACAUUCUUCCAACAGAUAGCUGAGACAUGCAGGGAAUUCGAUAAAUGUUUCCUGAGCCCGGAUUCAGGUCCUAGUUCUAGCUCCAACUCCAGAUCUAGCUCCAGCUCCCUACUCAUGUGGUUGGAGGAGGAGUUGGAGUGGUUUGUUGAGAAGAUUGAUAAACAGCUGUUCAGCAAUCAUGCUCCACUCCCAGGCAUAGCAGAGUCAGUUAAUAGGUUACGUGAGCAGGCUGGGAAACUUCUAGGAUUUGGUUUGGAUGUCGUCUUCCUGCUGGAUAAUCGUCUUCAAGGUGGGAUAGAGAGGGUUAUAUGUGAGGCUCGGGACAAGGCGAUAGAAGCUGUUAAACUAAGAUGGGGAGAAGAGAACUGGAGACCUCAUCAUGCUGGGUCAAGGUCUGGUCUGGAGAAGUGUCUGGUAGAGAUGAAUCAAGCUGGAAUAGCGUCAGCUAAAACUUAUCUUAAUGCAGAUGGAGAAUUAGAUCUUACCUUAAACUCAGUUAGUUUUGGAUUAUCAUAUUUAACCCUGACUGAUCAUCUUCUGCUGCUGUUCACCCCUGGAACCAGGCACUUGGUGAAUGAGAGCUUAAUAAGUGUUCUACAUGCUCAGCUCAGGCAUUUAGAUCAGGCAGUGAGGGCAGAUAAGGUUGAGGGAGCUUCUAAAAGUUUUAUCAUGAAGAACGCGGGAUUUCUGCUGGAUACUGUACUUACAUUAGUAGAACAUAAAUAUCAGAGUAAAACUGGUUCUGAGUGUCCUAAACUAUCUAAACUACACUCUAACUAUGCCUGGUUGAAAGAAGGAAAAGGUCCUGUAACAAAGUAUCAAGACAACAAUUUUGUUUAGAAAGUAAAUUUUUCAUUUUUCCAACAUCAUUCCGAUAGCUAAGCUACAGGGCUAUCCACAAAGGAUGAGACGUUAAUAACGACAUAUAACUCUUUAAUUCUAGACUUCUGAGGUUUUAAGAUCAUCUUCGGUCUAAGGUAUCAAUGUAAGAAAAAGGACAC